AUGAUAAGUGCUAAACUUGCUCAUGUUCAACUGGAAACACAGUAGAGAAGAGAAAUGCAUCACCUUCUUCAGCUAAAAACUAGUAAAAGGAUUGUUCAGAUAUCCUUUUCCUUGAUCCCGGUUUGCUCACAAAUAUCUAAACAUGUCUACUGCAGCCUCUCUGCUCCAGCAAUUCAACCCCUGCCAAUAUAUCCUUCACAAUUCCACCCCAAUCUGCUCUCAAAUAUUUUACUCCUAAUUUCUACAAAAUCACCUCCCUCUCCGUCCGCUCCAUCUCCCUUAUCACGUCCUCAUCCGCCGGAUAAAACGAUCGCCGCACCACCACGUGCACGAAAUACGGCAUCAGCGCCGCAGCCGCCACCACCAGCGGCGUCGCGAGCCAGUACACCGGCGCGGCGCCUAUCUGGCCCGGGAAGACUUCAUACACGGCGGCGCUGGAGUAGGCGGCGCUGUUGAGGAGAGGAAGACGUACCAGGAGAGGAUGCUGCCCCAGAUGAGGAGGUGGCUGAUCCAGGUGGAGUGGGUGGUGAUGAGGGCGAUCUGGCAGUUGACGGCCCAGAUGGUGCAGGUGUAGGUGGCGGCGCCGAGGUGGGUGGCGUCGGCGGGGGAGCCGCGGCGGUCGAGGGCGGAGGGGGAGAAGAUGGAGAUGAGGAGGGUGAAGAGGAUGAGGGAGGUGAGGAUGGCGUUGGAGAUCCAGCCAAGUUAAGUCUUUGAGAUUUUGUAGAAAUUAGACGAAGGUGAGAAAGCUAAAUUCAGCUACAUUAUAGAAAAAUGGAAAACGGCAGCGGCAGUAAAGUGGUACCGGAAUCAGUAAUGGAGGCGGCGAAUAGAACUCGUAGCAACAUCGAUGAAGUGCAGGCCAAUUUGGAGGAGCUGUUAUCUUACUGUGAUACAGAAACCCUUUCAACCAUGGAGCCUCUCGAUAGGGCCCGAUCCCUCUUAUUGAUUGCCAAAACAACAACUACUCUCUUUGCUUUGAGGCUAAGAUGCAGAGGUGUUGAUCCAGAUGAUCACCCUGUUAAAAAAGAGUUUGAGAGACUGAGCUUCUACCAAGAGAAACUGCAGCGAUGCAUUGACUUGAGCAAAGUGUUUGUAGCUCCGUUGCGACCCUCGACGACCAUUAACACCCCCGCAGCAGCACGAUUUAUUGAGCAUUCUCUUCCUGAUCUUUCCUCUGAACAGAGGCAAAGCAUGCGGGGAAUUAGUCGUGGGGAGGGUAAUGGAUUCAAGUAUGUGAACAGAAAUCUGCAGAAGAAGAGAAAAUAUCAGUCAUCCGAGAAGCAAUCUAUUCCUUCUGUUUCUCAGGGAUUUCUUGAGAAAGCAGCACAUGAGCUACUUGGUGAUAAUAAAAAUGGUGUUAAGGGACCAUUACAACCUGUGGAUUCAGAUGUUGAUAUCGUACUUCUGGACUGAUCCUAUGGUUCCAUUGAUCAUGUUGGCCAGCAUUUUCAAUUCAAUCCAAAUUCAAGGAAGGUCGGACAUAUUCACCCGAAUGCAGAUGUCAGGUGACUCCAGCAAAUGGCUACUGCCCCCGUUUGGAAUGAAUAUCCAUCGUACCAGCCUGUCUGAUGAGGUUGCCGCUCUCCUCCAGUUCAAGGUCCAUUUUGUUUUAUAGCUGUUUGCUUGCGAUUUGUGCUUGCAAGUACAGUAUUUAGUUGCAGUCAGUCCUCCACCAGUUCAAUGUUCAUUGUUUUAUUGGAACGUGUUGGAAUCUCUUUUCACCUUUUCAAACCCAAUCAAACUCUGAUUUGAGAAAGGUGUGACUAUUGAGCUGUGAAAGAUUGUAUUUUUAUGUUGAGUAAAAGCUAAAAUGUGGUCCUAAACA